GGCUCUGGGGAGACCUUAUUGUGGCCUUUCAGUACCUAAAGGGGGCUACAGGAGAGAUGGAGAGGGACUUUUUAAUCAGACCUGUUGCAAUGGGACAAGGGCUAAUGGCUUUAAACUAAAAGAGGAUUGAUUCAGACUAGCCAUGAGGAAGAAAUUCUUUACUGUGAGGGUGGUGAGGCACUGGCACAGGUUGCCCAGAGAGGUGAUCGAUGCCCCAUCCCUGGAAAGAUUCAAGGUCAGGUUGGAUGGGGCUCUGAGCAACCUGUUCUAGUGGAAGAUGUCCCUGCUCACUGCAGGGGAUUGGACUAGAUGAGCUUUAAAGGUCCCUCCAACCCAAACUAUUCUAUGAUGCAGCAUAGGUUGGAUCAGCUGCCUCACUCAGGUGGCUAACCUGAAAGCUACAGUUCUGGUAUGUCACUACGGAUUUCUUUUAAGACCUUCUCUUGGCAGGUAAGACUGUUUAAAAAACCUUACGCUAUCCUGAUAUCCUUUGUUUUUCAGAAACGAAGGAAAUAAUCAGUUGUACUGAGGGUAGCGCACAGCAGAUAGAUAUAAAAAAUAUUCACCAUUUGCUGUUUGACAGACUUCUGUCAAGCUUAUUAUAAGUAGAUAACUUGUCUUCAUGGAGAGCACUGAAAUCCUUUUCCGGAUCUAUAUUAUAGAUUCCUUUCCCCCCGUUCGGUCAGCAGGAAAGUGUCACUCCGUUUGGUGCUCUCCUUGUUUGCUGUACGGAAAGAUGAGGGCUCAGGUCUCUUGGUGUCAGCACUGUCUUACAGCAGCCCUGCGCCUUGCCCAUGUGAUGUAAGUGCCCGUCAUACGUGUGUGUCGUGCUUCAACAGUAGUUCUUCAGUUGUGGACGGUUGGGAGCUUUGCAGACGCCCCAGAGCUCAGAUCUGCUCAUGUUAACACGCUUCCCCGCCCCCUUCCUUUCAUAACUUGUGAUCGCAGAGCCAUGAAAGUAUGUGAGUCCCUCCCCCGGCACAGACUGAUCCCACCCGGCAUAUGAUCUGGGCUCCAUGUCAGCCCGGGCAGGCAGCACCGACUUGCCGGAGCACUGCGCAAGUUAACAAAAAGAGAGUUUCCACGGGGCUCUUCCAGCCGCUCCUGAGAUGGCCAAGACGAUCAUGGACAGCACCAGAGAGGAGGAGGACGAGCUGCUGCAAUCUGUGACGAGGACUGGGGCAGUGGUGCCCAAGAGGCGAGCGGUGGGAAGGCUGGUCAUGCACAGCAUGGCGAUGUUUGGCCGGGAGUUCUGCUAUGCCGUGGAGGCCGCCUUUGUCACGCCAGUGCUGCUCAGUGUAGGGCUGCCCAAGAACCUCUACAGCCUGGUGUGGCUCAUCAGCCCCAUCCUGGGCUUCGUGCUGCAGCCCGUGGUAGGUUCAGCCAGUGAUCACUGCACCUGUAGCUGGGGCAGGAGGAGACCUUACAUUCUGGGUCUGGGCAUCAUAAUGCUGUUAGGCAUGGCUUUGUACCUCAAUGGGGACGUGAUGAUCUCAGCUUUCAUCGAUGAGAGAGACAAUCGGCGGACGUGGGCGAUAGUCAUUACCAUGCUGGGAGUAGUGCUUUUUGAUUUCGCAGCUGAUUUUAUUGAUGGCCCCAUCAAAGCAUAUUUGUUUGAUGUCUGCUCUCAUCAGGAUAAAGAGAAGGGUCUGCAUUACCACGCCCUCCUUACAGGUUUGGGAGGAGCCCUGGGUUACCUGACAGGUGCUAUGGAUUGGGGUCAAACUGUACUGGGAUAUUCCUUGGCAUCGGAAUUCCAGGUGAUUUUCUUCUUCGCAGCCUUGGUUUUCCUAAUCUGCCUUACCGUACAUCUGCGCAGUAUUCCUGAAGUCCCACUCAGAUCCAAAAAUGAAGAGGAAAAUUUCUUGUUGGAAGAGACUCGAUCCUAUAAAUAUAGCUCCAUAGAGGAGGAAAACAAGAAUGGUUACCUAAAAUCAACAUUUACUGAAAUAAAGGCUGCGGCAAAACCAGGGAAGUGCGCUGCUGUGUCACGUACAGAGGAUCAAAGGCGGAUGACCCUUAAAUCACUCUUGAAGAUACUUUUAAGCAUGCCAUCCCACUAUCGCUAUCUGUGUGUGAGCCACCUCUUUGGAUGGAUGGCUUUCCUGUCCAACAUGCUCUUCUUCACGGAUUUCAUGGGACAGGUUGUAUACCAGGGUAGUCCUUAUGCACCUCAUAACUCCACCCUUUACCUUACCUACAAAACAGGAGUAGAGAUGGGUUGCUGGGGGCUGUGCAUCAAUGCAAUUUCUUCAUCAGUCUAUUCUUACCUGCAGAAAAUCCUUCUGCCAUGCAUAGGAUUAAAGGGACUUUAUUUCAUUGGAUACCUACUUUUUGGAUUGGGUACUGGAUUAAUUGGCUUGUUUCCCAAUGUCUAUUCCACCCUGGCUCUGUGUUCCCUCUUUGGCGUCAUGUCCAGCACCCUGUACACAGUGCCAUUCCACCUCAUUGCGGAGUAUCACAGGGAAGAAGAGUGCCUGAAGCUGCAGGACCGGGAAAAAUCUGUAGACCACGGGCGAGGGAAGGGCAUUGACUGCGCCGCUCUCACCUGCAUGGUCCAGCUGGCCCAGAUCAUCCUUGGUGUGGGGCUGGGGCUCUUGGUCAGCGUUGCCGGCAGCGCAGUCACUGUGAUUUCUGCAUCUAUGGUGGCACUCUUCGGCUGCUGCUUUGUUGCUUUUUGUGUCCGAUAUGUGGAGUAGGACUGUCUGAAGCAAUUGGGAGAAAUCUUCCCCAGGGAGCGUUUUCUUUCUGGAUUAGUAGCACUGGUGCAGUUGCCAUGAUGAUACUGCUGGCACUUCCUCCUCUCUUACCUCCUCGGAGAGGCGGCAACUCCAGAGCAUUAUGAAAUGGAGACUUGAUAAAACUGGUUGCCUAAUGCCUCAGAUUGAAAGCUUCUGUAUUUUGUCUGCUUUAUUACUUCAUUCCCACUGACCUCAGUGUAUUAACACGCUAUUACACAGGGUGGUGUGUAUGGCCAUGGUAUCUCGACGCCCUCCAUGAGAAGUCAUUACGAAACUCCUCAUUACCAAUUUGUGGCAGUUAAUAGAUGAAGUAUGCAGUAAAUUGAAGAAGUAAUAAAAAUAGACAGAGUUAGGAAGAAAGCAAUUAUUUAUCUUGUUUUUCAAGUAUCUUAAGCUUGGGGAUAUUCCCUCUGGUAGUCAAAAGCUGCCAGAGGAUCAAACAGGUGUCAGAGGCCACGUAGGGUGCAAUAGUGUCAUGUUUAGUAGUACUGUUAAAUGGGAUCAGUUAAUUUCCAGCUGCAAUCAAAAGCAGAUUUGGGUAUGAAAGAUGACUGGAGUAUAAAGAAGAUUGAAGCCUAUUGUUUAAAAUCAUAACUGUAAAGUAAUUAUUUUAUAUUGGAUCCUGCUGCUUGUGUAUAAAUGAAAUGAAAGUACUGACUGAGCUUGUCAUGGGAGUCCGCCUAAGGCUGCUCUGCAAGUCCAUGACAGCUGCCAUUUCUUCCUUCUUAAAGCUGGCCUGACUCUGAUACUGUAACUGAAAAGAUAAACUUGACCAAAAUAAGAAUUUUAUGAAUGGUUGUAAGCCACUGAAGUAUUGACAUUGGAAACGACAGUAUUUACCUUGAAGUAGUAUCUCUGUUUUCUCUAUUUUCCUUCAUGCAUCUAGCUUUGAGUGAAAUGGGGUUUGCUCUUUGCAGAACUUUGUGAAAUAACUCAGUUCUGCAGAGCACUAUCAGGAAUUACUGUACAGUAAGUACUUAAGUCCAGUUAUUUGUAUUUAAUUGCGUAUGAAGAUUCAUUCUUAUGUUUAUAAUAUUGCCAGAGUUUUGAAAAUCCUGUGUUUGUGAAAGUGGUACGCUGUAUUUAUGCUGUGCUUCCUCUGUUCUGAAAACUGUCAUAUCCCUUUGCGAUGUUGUACGCUAAGCCACAUGAAGCCAUCUGCUAACGCAAUAUUGUUAAUUGAUGGUGACAGAGAGAGACUGUUGCCAGGUAUGGUGUGUAUUUUUUUUUAAAAUGUUGCACAUGUAUAAUCAAUACUGUUCAGUCAAAUGCACCAUUGAGCUGAUCAGCUCUUAGAAGGUCCGCAUGAUAUGAACUGACAACACCAGAAAUAAAUGGUUAGAUUUGAGCAUAAAGUGCCUCCACAGAGAUGCACCAACUUCAUCCUUUCUGUUUUCAAGAGCAGAGUGAGUCAUUUGUUCUCAGAAAAAAUUAUUUUCCCUUAGGUAAAUUCCUAUUAACUAUAACAAGCCUAUUGAAGGCUCAGCUGCCUUUUCUUGUUGAUGGUUGUGUCUCUACUGUAGGCCCAAAACGGGGCUCGGUGCAUGGCAAACCUUACCUUUCUUCACAGGUCCCUCAUCGUGCCUUAUGAAAAAGCCACGUUUUAUGUUUUCUUUCAUUUUGUGGCACUUCAUGAAUCCUUCUCAUGUCACACCCAUGGAAGAGAAAAUCUUGGAAGACUGAGCCCCCGGACUGUGCUUGAAACGCUUUGUAGGUGCUGAGAUGGCUGGAGCACAAGGGUCUCAACCAGGACAAAACAGCAGAAGGCCAGAAAAUGAAGGAUGGUUGUCCUUUUAAUUGACUUUAUGCCAUCGUUAACUUACUAACCUCCAUUAACUCAAUAUCUCCUGGGAGGGGACUUUUUAAGGGAUGAGCGAGGCUUCCGUGGAGCCAUAAAAAUAGAGAAAGGAGGAGGUGAUCUGGUUUUACAGGACUGCAGGACUCGAAGCACCGUUUAAACCCGUGCUCUGGGAGGUGAGGCCAUAAAGCUCCACUUCCAGUGUGAGUCUGGGAUAGGAACUUUACAAUGUUUACCUACGUCUUUGUCAAUAUUUUCUUUGUGGUUUAACGCCAUCAGAACAUUAAAAUUUGAAUGGUCAGUGCUAUCUCUGCUCUGUUACACAAAGAGAAAGCUGGCCUCCAUCCAGGCCCACAGAGUGACUGUAGAUCUGUAGCAACAUAAGAAUUGUGAAUCUGCAGAAAGAAGAGGCAUGUGGCCAUCACUUACGUCAAUGCUUUUAUUUACGAAUUUAUUCAGAGGAAACUGUUUCAGAUAACUCACAUUAUCAUCUUUCUCACAAUCUUUCCUUUUGAAAUUCACUGCAUGCUACAGAACACAGGACAGAAUAGAGCCAGUUUUUCUUUGGAAAUCUUUCCAUAAAAGCAUCCUAUAAUUGGUUCUAAGAUCUUUCUGAAUGGGUCUUGGUCAAAAAUAGCAAGCGGGCAAAGAAGUAUGUACAAUUUGAAAAACGGAGUUUAAACCUGAAAAAUCAUGGUGGUGCUCAUUCUGAAGUUGAAAGUGUCUUUCAGGUGUUACUGAAAACAAUAAAAUGUAACUAAUUCAUGAGAAGGGAUAAAAUAAGUAUUUCUUACUAAAAAUGUCAAAGACAUCGACAAACUCUACUGUCGUGCUAUUAAUUUAAGAAGUUCCACCUUUUCUGUCCUUUUACGUUAGUUCAGGACUUGAGUUAUCAACAUGAUCGGUUAUUGUACUUAAUAUCAGCAUUUAUUGCAAAGAUGUGAGUUUCAAAGUUAGAAGUACCCUGGGUCUGA